GUUUAUUAAUUAAUUUCCUUUAUCAUUUUGUUGAUCGUUUCUUAUUAUGUUCAUAAUAUUAAUACACACAUGAUUAAAACGCCGUCCUUCUUGUUAUUAACCCUAUGCGUAACACUCCCCCCUCGAAUGAGGUUUUGAAAAGGAAGUGCAUCCGUUUGCAAAUAAGGCUGCAGGUACACUAUUUGUUGCGGUUGAGUUUUAUCUUUUAAAUAAACGUUCAGCGUAUUUUAUCUAGUUGAUUUCUGAUAUGUGGGUCUAAAAAUAAGAACUAUUCCAAUGAUUACAUCUAAUUGUAAAACGCUGACACCUGAGCACAGCGUUGAUAAGGCUCCCUUCACCUCUCUUACUCAUUCUAGACCAAGCACGCUGUAUUCAAACGGUUUCAUUAUUUAUCUCUCUAGGGUUUCUUACGGUUAUUCUAUUCUUUGAUAAAUUGUAUGGGUUACACACAUUUAUAUCUAUCUCAGAUCUAUUAAUAGGAGCAAAACAGUUAAAUACACUAUGGAAAAGGUAACCAGCGUGCACACACGGAGAGGGACAUUUUAACCACAGUAGGAGCUGUAUGAUCCAGUAAAGCUGGAUUUGUAUUGGGUGAAAUAAAACUUCUUAGUGUUUGUAUUUUUUACAAGACAUUUUUCAGCUUUUUAUUUUGUUUAAUGCGGCACUAGCUUUUGCUGCUAAUCAAUACAAACGUGUUCCUCGGUAUUCCCGGAGUAAUGCGGUUUGCGCAGAAUUCCAUGCGUGGACCGCUAGCUUCAGUGUCCUCGCGCUGCACGAUGUAGCGUCGCAGGUAUUUCCAAUAGCAUAAAUAAUAGCCUGCCUCAAUACUGAAGACAAACCUACUGCCAUGGAGCUGUUCAGUUCACCUGCCUCAUACACAAACGCGAACACGGUGUGUGAGAUGUUGGUUUUUAUCGACCUCUUAAAUGUAAACAAUAAAAGUACAGUGAAUGUGCACAUGUUGGACAGAGCUUCUGCAGAGAGCAGGGUGGCCAAAAUAAUCGAGGAAGAUCCUGACUGCGGCGAUCUACAAGCCCAUUACAAGAAGCCAGGAUCAUCCUAUGAGCUGAAAUACUCCGGGAAAAACAUUGUGAACGACCAUGGGGCCUUCAUUUUUAUGGAAAGCUAUGAACAAGCAGAAAACAUUGCUAUCUCACUUACAAGUGCUGUAGUCCUGGAGCUCCCAGUCAAUACUCCAGCCAACCCCAGAACCGCUAGUACGGAAACCAGUGCUCUUUUGAUGCAAGUCUGUUCCAGUGAUUCACCUGAUCAAUUAGGUCAAGGAGUGUUUUGUUCUGAGUCAGGCAGUCUGGAAGGCUUCCAAGAACCUUGCAUUGACCUUGAAGGCAAGUCUGACCUUGUGAGUCCAAUCCAAGAGACAACGCCUCUAGAUAGUCUCCUACACGAUGCACCUCCAGGAGCUAAAGCCUUGAGCCAGGAGUCUGGAUGCGAUAUCUGCGCUCCCAUUCAAGAAAACACCCACAUGACUGGACCUCAAUCUGAAGGGCUUUCCUCCCCUCCUGCUGGUACUGGAGACCUUCUGGAUUCUAGAAGCAGAGCUGAUGUUGACCAACUUGAAUAUCCCAAUCGCAAUCGUUCCUGCGCAGGUACCUCUCCCAAAACCCCUCCUCGUCCCGUAGUGGCUCAGACCUGGUCCCACACAUUCAGUGAACCAGAUUCUGCAAUUUGGGAAAUCCAGGCAGGGAGCCAAGGAAGCAAUCCAGUGAUGUCAAAGUGGAACAAGGAAGCGCUGGGUUCCUGCUUUCCUUCCGAGAGCAGUUUACAGGCUGACAGACAUUCAGUUCAAGACAAAAGCAACUUGUCUGCCUCUAGUGUCCGUGAAAGCCAGCCUAUGAUGACCAACAAUUCCCUUCGCAAUGACACCGUUUCAGACGCCUGCCUUGAAGAUGUUAGCGUCUGCCCCUCCAGUGUCCCACAUCUUACUGCUUCUCCUCCUGUGGCAGCACUGAUGAACCAACCCUCAUUUCCAAUUGAGAAAACCAUAGCUGGAGAAAAAAGUAGGGACGAAAGACCAAAGGCGGAUGUUUCUGAAAACGUGGCUUACACCCCAGAAGAAUCUGCUGACCUUUCAACUCCUGCUGACCUGAACUCUCUUGUGGUUGAUGCCGCAGAUAAUCGGGCCGUCACUCCCUUCCACUCGGUUAGCCCAAACAAGGAACUGUCAAAGAAGUCAUCGAUUCCCUUGAUUAACACUGCAGGCCCCCGUAACUCUGUGAAGAAAUCCAAGCCUACAGUUAAAAAGAUGACAAAAGCCAUGUUAAUCGGGUUGGUAUUUUUGGGCACCAUCGUUCCUGUGGUAUCGGUGGAUGCCUGUAUUGGACAGCAUGCUUCCCUCCCUUUCCCCUACAAAGUGAAUGGCUUGACCAGUGUGAGUCAUAAGAUGAAAGAUCUCUGCUAUCUCAAUGUUAGCGAUGUUCUGGCUGGCUCCUGUGUUUCCUGUUCUGAUCUGCAGCUGUGCCUCAGUGCAUCUCUCUACCCUACUCUGCACUUCCCAUCCGUGUCAGAAAGACACCGAGGCAGGUACACAGUCUCCUGGGAAGUGAUAGAAUCGGCACAUGGGCUUUCUGACAGACAGGACCUCAAAGUUAAGGAAUGUGUGACUGUGCCUGUGCCGGACCAGUUUCCAGGUCAGAAUGCCACCCAGAAGCCAGCAGAUCAAGAACAAGUUGGAGGGAAACAAAACAGAACACGCACCAUCUCCAUUAGCAUUGCUGUUGUUGGUGUUGGCAUUGGCUGUGCUGUCUUGGCUGUCCUUGCAGGUCUAGCUGUCCAGACUCAUCAAGUUGAAUCAUGGCUGCCCAUGGUGGCCCUACACUCUGUUGACAGUGUUAAUGAAAGGGAUGAGCCGCAGGAAACUCUCAAUGGAUUUCUGGAUCCUAACCAGGGAGCCAGUCCUGGAGACGAGGAAGCAGGGAAUGGGCUGUGCCAGGACAAUGAAACCCCGUUUUAGCUGUUUGCUCAUUUUUUUCUAUGUCGCAUGCUUUUAUGCUUCCCUUUUUUAGCACUGUAAACCAUAUCAUGCUUUUUAAACAGCAACAUAUGAAUGUAAUACUACUAUUACUCAUAAUUACUGAGUACAAAUUAUGGAUUCAAAUUCCUCAUAAUAAUCCUGAUAAAGAAUGACAGAUCCUCACCUUACAAGGGCUGUUGCAGAAAACCAUCGAAAAGAAACCUGAAACUCAUCCACUGCCCUGCAGGCUCCUGAUUGCUGUGCUGUACUGUAUGUAGCUCAAAUAAAACACCUUUCCUGUGCUU